AUGUUCAAAUCAUGGAGCAAGAAAAACAAGAUCAAAGCUGUGUUCAAAUUGGAUUUUCAAGCAACCCAGGUUCCGAAGAUGAAAAAGUCUGCACUGAUGGUAUCUUUGGUGCCAGAUGAUAUUGGGAAAACAACGGUGAAAUUAGAGAAAACUGCUGUGCAAGAUGGGACUUGUUUAUGGGAGAAUCCAAUUUUUGAACCUGUUAAACUUGUUAGGGAUUCAAAAUCGGGAAUUCUCCAUGAGAAAAUCUACCAUUUCAUUGUUUCAACUGGUUCUUCGAAAUCGGGCUAUUUGGGAGAAGCUUCGGUUGAUUUUGCUGAUUUUUUAGCAGAAACUGAUCCGGUUACAGUUUCUUUACCUUUGAAGUUUGCCAAUUCAGGCGUAGUGUUACAUGUAACUAUUCAGAAUGUUGAAGGAUAUGCUGCUGAAAGAAAUGGGGAAGAUAAUGGAGCCGUUGGACUUCAAAAUGACGGAAGCUUGAGACAUCAACUGAGCUAUGGCAGUACUGAUGAAAGUUAUAAUCUUGAUGAAAAUGAGAACUUGGCCAAGAGUAGAUCUGAGUAUUCUGAACAGAAUGCAUCGAAUGGCGUCAGUCCUAGGGUAGCUUCAUGGGAUGACCCUCAUAGCUUCCGGCAGAACUCAAUGCCACCAAGAGGACCGGUUGAAACCAACGCAACACAAAAUCAAGUGCAUAAGCGGUCGAAUACAGGAUGGUCGAUUGGUUCAGCAUCAGACGGAAGUUUAGGUGACUGGACAAACAGCGCGGAAGAGAAUAUUCCGAGAGAAAGAUUACAAGAGCCUUCCGGCAAUGCCACUGAAAAUCUCAAAAGUGAAAUCGCUUCUCUGAAGAGGCAGGCAGAAUUAUCGGAACUGGAGUUACAAGCACUUCGGAAGCAGGUAGAAAAAGAAAGCAGUCGGGGACAGAAUUUAUCGAGACAAAUCAACGGUCUCAGAGACGAGAGAGAUUCUCUCAAAACUAAAUAUGAGCAACUCAGGUCCCAGCAGAAUUUCAGUAGUGUUAAUAACGAGACCAAAACAUCUAAAACCUUGAAGUCGGAUGUUGAAAAUACUAGAAUUCAGUUAGAGGCAUUAAAGGAAGAGCUUGUUUAUGAAAAAGAAACAAGUGGAAAUCUUCAGUUGCAACUUCUGAAAACACAGAACUCAAAUUCUGAACUUCUUUUGGCUGUGACAGACCUUGAAGAAAUGCUAGAACAAAAGAACAAGGAAAUAUUGGAUCUAUCUUCCAAAAUGAAAUCUCAAAAGAUUGCUAAAGAGCGUGAUAUAGACACAGAAUUAGAUGUUCUGCGGCAGAAAAUUGCAGAACAGAAUAGUGAAAUAGAGAGUUGCGUUAAGCAACGCGAGGAGCUAAGUACUCUUUUAAAAGAGCUCACAUUGGAGUAUGAUAUUCUUGAGAAUGAAAAUGAGGAUAUCUCAACGAAAUUAAAGCAAGAGGAAGCACAGCAUGUCAUGUUACAAAAUGAGCACUCGGCUUCUUUAGUUACGAUACAACAACUUGAAUCCCAAGUAAAGAGACUUGAAGAAAACAUAGAGAUGCGGGAAGAUGAAUUUUCAUCUUCUUUGGUCUCCAUCAAGGAACUUGAAAAUGAAGUUAAGUCUUCGGAGAAAGAACUGAGAAUACAGGCAGAUAAAUACAAAGAAGAUCUCCAUGCCAUGCAAAGUGCGAAAAUCGUGCAGGAAGAACGGGCCAUUCAAGCAGAAGAGUCACUGAGAAAGACGAGACACAAUAAUGCUAUCGCAUCUGAGCGUCUUCAGGAAGAAUAUAAAUCUCUUUCUGUUGAAAUGGCGUGCAAAGUUGAAGAGAACGAAAAGAUGAUCGCGAAAGAAAUUGCAGAAGCUGAUCGAUUGCGGAACCACAACAAGCUUAUGGAAGAAACGCUCCAGAAAUGUAAUCAAGAGCUCAGGCUUAUUACAGAUCAACAUGAAUCGAAAGUGGAAGAGCUAUUGAAACAAAUAAAUUCUAAAGAAAAAACAAUAGAACAGAUGUCACGAGAGCUAGAAGUGAAGACUAAAGAACUCGAGGAUGCACAAAGGCUCAGGGAUGAAAAGGAUGCUACGUUUUCAAAGAAAAUUCAAAUGCUUGAAAUCCAGCACAAUGAAAUAAAACAAAGCUUGCAGAAAGAACAAGUGGACAAAGAAAAUAUGAAGAAACAUAUAUCUCAAUUAGAAGGAGAGCUUAAGAAGAAAGAAGCAGAACUAAGUGCUAUGGAAAAGAAGCUCAAGAAUAACAAAGGACGAGGUGCAGCUAUGCAUAUGAAUUUGACCUCAAGAGACAAUGAAGCUGCUAAGGGUAAUGUUAAGAAGUCAAAAUCAGAAAUGCAUAAGGGAAAUGAUGCUGCAAACACUUCUAUUAGCAAGUCCGAAGAAAGUGAGGCUGAACGCCUUUCAAAGGAAUUAUUGAAAGAAGUGGAAGUUCUAAAGGGAAAGAACACGACUAUGGAAACAGAACUGAAAGAAAUGGAAGAAAGAUAUUCAGAGAUUAGUCUGAAAUUUGCAGAGGUAGAGGGAGAAAGACAACAACUUGUUAUGGCUGUACGCAAUCUCAAGAAUGGUAAGAAGAUCUAG